GUAUAAUAACUGUCUGACAUCGCAGAGAACUAAGAAUUACGGCAUAGUCCCAAAGAAAACUUUGACUGCUCAUCCAUCCGGAGAAUACUGAUCUCUCGUUACAUUUUCUAGCGAUCCACGCUUGGCAAAUCGACCCUCUUUCUUUUUGCCGCGGUUUUGGCGGUGGCGUGAUCUUUCGAAGCGAGGGAGGGCAGCGUGCAGCAUUUGGAUUCCGCGACGAGCAAACCUUUGUGCUGCAAUCUCUUGAUAUAAGUCGUGUUCGGCACGACAGAGACAGAUCCAAAGUAACAAACUUCCUUUGGCCGAGUGAUGGACACCGGCGAAGGUCUCUGCGAUUCUUCCGGCUCCGUGGGCUCCCGUUCCGCUUUGUCGUUGGUCAGUCCGUCCUUGAGCGAGGUCAAGUGCCAUCUGAAAACGAGCAGAACGAUUGGAACGCGAGGACCUGGCAAACGGAAGAGAAGCCUCGCACGCGAGUCGAUCCCGGGAUAAUCCUGGGCCUGGAUAACAAAUACCUGCCGGUGCUCAAGCGACAAACCCUGCCCGGUGACUCGCCCGAGAGAAGGCUGAGCCUUCUCUCUUCGAUCCUCUUGGUUAUCAGAGAGUUCGUCAAGGUCUCCUUAGCCAAGCAAGCCUGCAGCUCGACGAGAAAAUUCUCCGCGAAGCCGUCCUGCUGGAACAACGAGUGCAGCAGCAGGGUCGAACAACUUGGCCGGAUAUCGGGAUCCAUACAGAGGCACUGAGACAGAAAGUCUACCGGCCCGGCCUCCCAGGUUGGGAACAGUUUGUGGAUCGCCGUGGUUCCGGUCAGAGGAGGCCCAACGAGUUCGUCCGCGCUCGUAUGCCGCAACACCCUGCCGGGCACGGUGCGACCCAGCAGCGUCAUAUGCUUUCUGCACAACCCUCCUGUGCAAAUCCGUGCAAGCAUGGUUCAGAGCUUAUUAUUCAUUAUUAUUUAAACGAUUUCGAACCAGCAAAUCGUUCGGCCGCGUCUCGUGGUAGCAGCAGUGGGGAACAGUGGGAACAGAGAAAGACGCAACGACGUUAUCGUUCGCGCUGCUCCUUCCCUGAAUAAUUGAUCGAACGGUUAGCGAUCGAUACGCAUUCUUCGCGACCGCAACUCGAACGUUCCGAAACUGCGUACCGCGGUAACGUUUUGCACGGGGCUUGAAAAAUCGAUUCGGGCAGCGUGUCGCGCGAAGGUUCGCGUACCGAGCACUUUGGUGAUUCGAUAGAGCUGAUCGACGUCGCUGUCCCCAGGAAACAGAGGACUUCCGGUGACCAUCUCCGCGUACAAGCAGCCGGUUGCCCAGAUGUCCACGGGCUUCCCGUAUCUUGGCUCGCCCAGCAAGAGUUCCGGCGAUCGAUACCACCUCGUCGCCACGUAGUCCGUGCAGGACUCGUUCGGCCCGUUGACGAGUCGCGCGAACCCGAAGUCGCACAACUUGAUCACCCCGUUCGGCGAGACGAGGAUGUUCUCCGGCUUGAUGUCGCGGUGCAUGAUCUGCAAAGAGGAAAACCAAGGGAAUCAUCGAUUCGCGAGUUCGAUCGUACCCGCUUUCCGUUCACGGCCUAUUUAUGCUUUACGCAUAAACGUCGCGAGAAAGGGACGAAAAUAAUUAUUCGGCUAGAUAAUUAUCCUGCGGUAGUUUCUCGGAAUUAUUAUAGUUGGGCGCACCGGUCACGCGAUCCUCGAUUCCCUCGAGGGAAUCGAGGAAUCGAAAUAGGCUCGCAUUCGCACUCACGUUGUUGGCGUGGCAGAAAUUUAAGCCUCGUAGGACUUGGAAGAUGUGUCGUUUCGACGUUUCGAAUCCCACCCCGCCGCCACGAUGUUCCAGCUCGUCGAGCAGAGUGUGGUCCAGAUACUCGAACACGAGGUAGAAUCGUUUUCUUCGACGGAACACCUCGAUCAUGUUCACCAGGUUCUCGUGGCGCAGUUUCUGCGAGAAAACGCGCUCUCGUUAACAACGACGACGCGAGGUCGGAUCACGGAUCCCCCGUCGUACCUUCAACAUCCUAAUCUCACGGAAUGCCAUCUUCCGCACCUGCAGGUCCUCCUCGGUCUCCAAGAACCUCUUGAUCGCCACCAGCUGGCCGGUCUCUCGAUGCCUGCACUUCAUCACCACCCCGUAGCUACCUUCCCCCACGACUUUCAUCAUCUCGUACUUGUCCAUCCUCUCGACUGCUUCCGGGACUCGUUUAUCUUUCGAUCUCGUCUUUCCGGGCGUGCGCGUCCUUCUUCACGGCGGUUGGCUUCUACUUCCGAGAAGUCGACGAAUUAUUGAAACGCGCGACCGGCCUAAGCACGAACAAGUCGAUCGCGCGGAAGCUCGCCCAUCGGUCGAGGAACGCGCUACGAGCGAUCGAAGUCAUUUCUCGCGAACCGAAUCCCGAGAUCCUAGUUCGAGUCCAAGAUCAAGAUCGUAUCGAGUAUCGAAAAGUUUCCGCGAAUGAUUUCGAAUCGUGUGUGUCGAGGGGAACGGGCGAAUCGACGCGACCGCGUGCGUGCUCGAAUCGCUCCCUGGAAAACUGCGCGUUCGCGAGUCUUCAAUCGACGAGCAACCCCCCAGUGAAAGCAGUUGUCGUCGUCAUCGUCGUGGUCGUAGUCGUCGUAGUCGAUUAUCGAUCAACCGGUAAUUACGGCUUGGAUUCCUGGUGGUCGGCCAUGCACGGCUCGACGGAGCACCGAGUAUUUUAAAAGAGGGUCGCGGGGGCGCGCUUACUCGUGGCUGAUCGGGUUCGAGGGUGACACGAGAAGUCACGACCUACCGCUCUACACCCGACUUCGACUUUCUCCCUUCCCCUAGCCAUCCCGAUCCACGGGGGGCCUCGUUUCCCUCGGACAUCGUUGCACGCGUCCCUUUCCUCCUCGUCGCGGCGAACCAGCCGGGAGCCACGCCGAGGAAGAAGCUUCGGCCUCGAGAAUCGGAGCGCACGUGUUCCACGGCCCGGAUCGGUCCCUUCCGAAAGGUGAGAGGGAACGAAAUUAGCGUGGCUGAACUUUGCGUGCCGACCUCUUCUCGCGGAGGCGAAAGGUCGGUGCGCGCGGCCAAAUUGCCCCCGAAUGCCAGAAACUUUUCGAAGGUCUUCCCGUCCGAGCGCCGAGCAAGGUUGAUCGCGAUGCCGAGGAUCGCUCGAAUGCCGGCCUUGUUCUCCUCCGUCGACGAGGUGCACCCGGUGCUCGUGCUCGAGCUCGCGCAGGGUGCACGAGACGCGCGCGGUCGCGCGCCAACGCUUGCUCGCUUCUACUCGCGCGUAUCGAUUCGUUCGAAAUUAUUUCUCGAUCGAACCGGAUCGAAUCCGAUUCGACGAGGCAACGAACCAAGACGGAAUCACGAGGAUCGACGGACGGUUCUCUUGCGUCAAAUUUACAGCUACGCCGAUCCGAAAACGCUUCGCAAACUUUUCGACCGGAGGCAUUCGCGAUCCGAGACCGCGUUCAAGUCGUCGCUCGUACGUUAACGAAUCGAUUCGCCGAAAGCCCGGUGAACAUCGUGCCCGAUCGAUGUAUCGGGCGGUUAUUUAUAGAAAGGGUUCGUUGACACUUCGGAAAAUCGUGCGACGAGCAUCGAAGACCGAUCGACGAGAACGCAGCUUUCUCCAAUUUGGCAAGUUCGGGUCGGCGACGACAACGGUAUCGCCGCUGCGAUCUUGCGACGUUCGAUUAAUUCCUAAUCUCUCUAUAGCCUGAAGAGCCACGUACGACGAAUACGUAGUCUCGGCCGAAACCGAUCGCCCGAUGUACUUUCCAGCUUCUCAGGGAAACUAUCGUCGACUAGCUCCGCUCGAUACGAUCGCGAGGCAGGAAUUUUGUACGUGCAUUUUUCGAAUCGAGGGACAACGUACGCGACAACGAUAUCGAUCGGACGAGAUUUCGCCCGUCCGCGAUUGCUGUAUCGUUGUAUCACGGGCAACCAACUAAACCGCGUUGUUCGAUUUACGCCGCGGUUGGAAGAUGCGGGCUUGCAAACGUACAUGAAUCCGCGAGAUACGAGAGGAAGGAACUCGUAGGAAAUGAUCGGCAAUCGCGUAGGAAACCGGUGGUCGAUUCCGAACGGUUCGGACGGCUGAUCCGCGGUAGGAAGAGCAGGCUGUCGCCGCGCGUCGCGUCGUUCCGCGGGCGGCAAGCACUGAAAUAGCCGCAAGCCGCGGCAACACAUGGCGGGGGUCUUUAACGCUGCCCAAGAUUCGUCCGUGCGCGUUUUUACGCGUCCCCGCGCCUCGCCGCGACGGGUCGGGUCGGGUCGGGCCGGGCCGAACCGAACCGACACUGUACAGAUCACGAUCGAAGCCAGUCCCUCCGAGGGAACGCAUCCGUCGUAAUCCGGGAAACGCGUUCGUUCCUCGCGGCUCCCGGCUCGUCGUCGCGCCUGCUCGAUCUUCCGAUCCUCCGGAUCGAACGCGGGGAGGGAGGAGCGGUGCUCGCGAACGUCGAAACGAUCGAAACGAUCGAAACGAUCGAAACGUACGCGCCCCGACUCGGAUCUCGACGCUGGUGCGCAUGAGGAGACCGCGCGCGAAGCAGUUGGCGCUUCGAUCCGAGCAGAAUCCAAGGAGAAACCGCUCGGCGAUCCGUACCCGGAGAAGUUAUCGAAUUCGCGUUCGCGAAACGGGCUCGCUUCGUCAUCGCCGAGGAAUGGUGUCUUUCCCGCGGCCGUCCGCGACGCGCUAGCGCGUCGUCUCUCUCGAUUCCGAGGAUCGUCCCCAGUGGAAGCGAAGCCGUCCGAACCGACGCGACCCGCCGGGAAGCUUGGUCCGCGCGCUCUCUCGUCGGCCUCGAGGAUACGCGGAUGUUUCGCAGGAAGAGCCGCGAAAGGGAUGAGUCGACGUCGCGAUCGGUGAGAGUGAUCGAGAGCCGUUCGCUCCGAGAAUCCGAUGAUAGCCCGCGAACCUAAAGGCAUGGCUGCCUGUCAUCCGAGGCAAGUGGUCCAGCACUUGCGGCUGCAGGAGCCGGGUCAGAUCGGGAUCGGCGUCGGCGUCGGUGUCGGCAGCCAAGGUCAGAAGUCGCUUCAACAACCUCACUACUCGCCUCACCUGCUCAACUGGGUCUACCUAGCGAUCACCGAUCAGAAUCGUGCUCAGCCUCCUCCGGACCAGGGCAAACUGCUGCCGCCGGCGAUCUGGAACGGUUUCCCGACGACGACGUCGCAGCCCUAUCUGCACCGGGCGGCCGUGGUCGGUGCCGGGCCCGGAGGAGCGGGUGCCGGAGCCAGGGCCCGAUCGAGCCCUUGCGGUCCCCUAGGAGGCAACCUGACGGACAGCAUCGGCGACCUCGCGGACCACUUUACGGAACUGGGUCUGCUCGACAGGAAACCGACCAAGAGGCCGCCGCCCAGCUAUCUGUGCCACUUGUGCUUCAAAAAGGGCCACUACAUCAAAGACUGUCCCGAGGUGUCUGUUCCCCCUGUUGCGAGAGAGCAACGAGAGGGCGCCGCCGCGCGCCGCGUCGUUUUCGCAAGGCGCGGCCGAAGGGCGAGGGUCUCACGCCGUACCAGGGCAACAACAGAUGCUUCGGCGAGUACAAGUGUCCCAAGUGCAAACGCAAAUGGAUGUCGGGCAACAGCUGGGCAAAUAUGGGCCAAGAGUGCAUGA